AUGACUAAGGGAGAAAGAUCUACUUAUUGUGGUGUUUUAAAGAAUGCAAAGCUACCUGAUGGUAGUGCUUCCAACAUUUCCCGAUGUGUGCAACCAGCCGAAAGAAAAAUAUCUAAUUAUAAGACCCAUGAUGCCCAUUUCAUGCUACAUUACUUGUUGCCAAUACCAAUUAAAAGCAUACUUCCUGAUCAUGUUGCUAUUCCUUUGAUUCGUCUAAGCUCUUUUUUUCGUCGUUUAUGUCAAAAGGUUAUCACACCAGAGGAUCUAGAUUGUUUGCAAGUAGAGAUUAGAGAGACAGUGAGCCAAUUGGAGCGAAUUUUUCCUCCUUGUUUUUUUGAUAUAAUGGUUCAUUUGGCUAUCCAUUUGCCAUACGAGCUAAGAUUAGGAGGUCCAGUCCAGGGCCGAUGGAUGUAUCCUCCUGAAAGAUUUAUGUGUAGGUUCAAGUCAUAUGUUCGUAACAAAAACCAUGUAGAAGGAUCCAUUGCUGAAGCAUAUCUAGUUGAAGAGUGUCUAAAUUUAUGCUCAAGAUACUUACAUGGUGGUGUACAUACCAGAUAUAACAGAAGAUCCCGAAACAAUGAUGAAUGUGGUUCAACUGAUGCACAAACUUGUAGUUUGUUCCCUAACAAAGGUUGUCCUUUAGGAGGGAAAAUGGGUGAUCCAGAUGAGCUAGAUGACAAGUCACUAAAUCAAGCACAUAGAUACAUAUUGAGAAAUUGUGAAGAAAUUCAAGAUUAUGUCAGCCGUGUUUUGCAUGACGAUGUGCCUGAUUUGAUAAAACAAUUGUCUAGAGGACCAAGUUCAAUUGCUAAAAGAUACUCUGGGUAUCUCAUUAAUGGAUAUAGAUUCCAUGUGAGGCAGCGUGAUGUAAGGAGAAAAACACAAAAUAGUGGUAUUACAUUAGUUGCACUAACUACAAGUUUUGCAAGCUCAAAGGAUAAAAAUCCAGUUGAUGCAAAUGUGACUUAUUAUGGCAGAAUAAUUGAUAUAGUUGAGUUAGAUUAUUAUGGUCAUUUUAAGGUUGGGUUGUUUAAGUUUGACUGGUAUGAGGCUGCAGAAGAUACUUACGGUCUUACUUAUGUCUACUUCAACAAGAGAUGCUAUCAAGAAGAGCCCUUUGUGCAAGCAUCCCAAGCACACCAAUGCUUCUAUGUGCAAGAUCCAUAUGAUCAAGAUAAACACUACGUUAUGAAGACCGUCCCGAGAGACUUGUUUAGCAUAAGUGAUCAACUUGAAUCUGAUGCUCCUCACUGUUAUGGAGAUGAGCCGUCUGAACAUUCGAUGGCCCCGUCUAUACUAAAUGAUAAUGGUGAAGUUGUUUUAGUAAGGAGUGAUGUACCUGAAACCAUUAUUGAUGUGCCUCUAGAAGGAUUUCUUGAGCAACAAACUGAAAUUGGAUCUGGAGAUGAGUUUGAUGUUUGA